GCUUUCCAGCAGAGUUAAUGAUGGGAAAAUCGGUUGUUUAUAUACACGCACACCCAAACGUUGUACUGUUAUCGUCAAAUAAUUGGUGUACUCAAUUUUUUAUCUGGUCCAACCUGUUUUGGAAGAGACCACUGUGUUUUGGGGAGGGAGAAAUGCCCAGAGAAUAAAGACCCUCGUCUAUUAUUUAUGCUCCUAUAUAAUGCAGCUACCUUCGCAAUUGUUACCACCAACGUGGACUAUCAUUUAGACAUCGGAAAAUUGGUCUAGCUAUGUCUACCGUAUCAAAGACGAGAGAAGUAACAUAAGGGUACCACAAGUUACACCACGAGUGAUGAGGGUACCAGUUACACCACACUUGAUGAGGGUACCGGUUACACUACACGUGAUGAGGGUACCCGUUACACUACACGUGAUGAGGAUACGCCUGAUGCUGUACGGAGUCCUGUUGACAGGGGCGGCCACUUUGAUGUUUAUGAUGAAGUAUACACAAACAUCGAUAGCAACCAGGACUAGAAUCAGGGCAAUGCAUCAGGCGAACGUGCUUACCUAUGUGGCCUUCCCUGAGGUACCAUUCAGCCCGCCAAAGGAAAUUCCCAAGUUCGUGUUAGACAUCAUGAAGAACGCUACUGAAAGAGGGUGGAGCUUCAAUCAGACAGCAAUUAAACGUUUAAGGUUAGACUUGGAAAGAGAAUGCAACACGUCGGCAACGUUUGUCAUCACACGUAAAAACCAACCCGUCAAUUCCACCUUCAAGUACCUUCGUGGGGGGUCCAUGCGACUCAUGACACCGGCUUUGUGGGAAAAAAUGCCAGAGGACGUUCCUUUUGCCCGGAAGCGACUCAAACGCUGCAGCAUUGUGGGUAGCAGCACGAUCUUGAUCAACAGCAGUUGUGGAGAAUUCAUAGAUUCAUCAGAUAUGAUUGUAAGGUUCAACUUUGCACCAAUGAAAGCAGCGCUUGCCGAUGAUAUCGGUACAAGAACAACACUUAUGGUGGCAAACGGGGACUCCAUCAGAUACAAAUUUGGACAUAAAGUUUCAGCCAGCAGAUUUGUCCACGCUGUGCUGUCGUACGGCUCAGACUACAGCAUUCUCGUCAACCCAUUCUCGUCUAAAAUGCAGAGCGGACACUCUUUACUUGUUUACGAUAGACUACGUAGACGAACAAACCACACCGUGUACCAUUUCCAUCCAGCAUGGCCCGCACGGACUAACAAGUUCUGGGACAGGAGGAGGGUUUUCGGGCGGGACAAGUCUACAGGUUUUAAGAUCGCCAGUGCGGCCUUAGUCUUCUGUGACGAGGUCAACCUAUUGGGAUUUUGGCCCUACCUGGUCGACUUACAAGGUCGCAAGAUCCCCUUCCACUACUACGAGAAGGGGAAACACGGCUUCUCUAAGAAAUGGCAUAACAUGGACUCGGAAUUCAGACGUUUAUUUCGCAUGUAUAGCGAAGGAAUAAUCAACAUAGUCACUGGGAAAUGCAAGGACAGAUAGCCUGUAUUUAUACUUGUAAUCUCUGUCUGUCGGGGGUUAAUGGCGUAUCAGGUUGCGGCAACUGUUGGGUCGGCCGCAAGGAACGCGGAUUUAGUCAGGCUACAAGAACAUAUAGCUGGUGAUUGGACACAUAACUAUCAACUGUUACUGCAACGUAAAUUCGUAGAGGUCUAAUUUCGAGAUAAAAAUGUACCCCUGGAAUGAAGAAAAUGGCGUUUCAGGGGGUCCAGAUUUCAAAAUAUCUCCGUACCCCCCUUGCGACGGCUAGCGCCUUCGGCUCACAGUUUUUUUAACGAGGCCUGAAGUGGCCACUUUAACCUUAGGGGGCAACUCGUUCGAUGCAAAUGCACACCUGUGCGCAAAUUUUCAAGCCUGACGAAGAUGAGUACCAUUUUGUUAUAACAUGUCCUAGGCCUACACAUAAUGAAGAAAAUCAUGUAAGUCAAAUAUAGACAUUUAAGUCAAAUAUAUCUCUACCACACACAAGUGGUGGCACCUUCAA